AUGCACUCAGGGGGGAACGAUCAGGCCAAGGCUGUGGCCCACGCCAUGGAGAUGGCCGUGCUGUCGAGCGUGCAGCACCCCAGCAUCGUCCAGGCCUACGCCUGCCUGCCAGACAUGGCACGGCUGCCAGACGACACCAGGUCGCCGGCGCCGACCCUGACCUUCCGCGGGCUGCUGCCUGGGGAGGACGCCCACGGCGCUGCCGCCUGCGACGUUCUCAUCAUGGAGCUCUGCGACCGAGGCACCUUGCGCGACGCCCUUGCCGCCGGCGCGCUGCCCGCCGGCCCCGCCGCCGGCGCCCCCUGGGGUGUGGCCGUGCUGCUGCUGGACGUGGCAGCCGGCCUCCACUACCUCCAUUCCAUUGGCCUCGCACAUGGCGGUGUCGAGGCUGAAAACGUCCUGCUAAAGACCAGCGCCGAUCGCGAUGGGCCAGGCGUGCAGGCCAAGCUGGGUGGCUUCGGCAAAGCUCGCAUCCUGCCUCGCCUGGGCGGCCGCGGCGACCCCCUGGAGGCCCUCUCCCUCGCCGGCGGCGCCUCGCACAGCACCCUUGUUGGCGCUGACUCAGCAGGCUCAGACGGAGGGCUCCUGUCAGACGGCCUCGUCGUCGUCACCGCCAGCCCGGGCAACUGCGCGCGCUGCUGCAGCGGGGGCACGCCAGCCGCGUCGUUCGCCGGCGAUGUGUAUGCUUUUGGCGCCCUGCUGCUGCAGACCCUGGACACCUGCCGCGGAGUGCUUGGCCCCACGUCCGGCCCCACCCGCUGCGCCUACAGUGCCCUGGCGGCAGACUGCAUGGCGCCUGCCGCCUCUUUUCGCCCCACGAUGGCUGCCGUUGCGGCGCGCCUCGAAGCCAUGGCUUGA